AGGUAGUUCGCCAGUUGGUCGACAGAAAGCAGCACUGCGCCGAUCCUUCUGCUGUCAGUCCGGGCUUCGUCUUCGUUAGGUUAGGUUGUUGUUGAGUUGGUGCGGUGGAAUAAAUAAGUGUUUCGAGUGCGUUUUACAGUUCCAAAGAGUGUUUGGCUGAUUCACAAGAGGAGAAAUUACCUUUGGAGUGUUACAGAUCGGAUCUUCAGGAUGAACGGGGUGAAUGGAAUGAACGGCCAUCACGAGAAUGGAGAGUUGUCCAAUGGUACCAAAGGAGUUUGGACAAUAGGACUGAUAAACUGUCAGUUCAAAUAUCUCACAGCAGAAACAUUCGGUUUUAAGACUUUUGAUCAAAACUCCCGUUUGGGUUCAGUUAUAAUAAACGCCAACGGCGCUUCCUUGAAAAAAAAGCAAAUUUGGACUUUAGAACCAGCUGGAGGAGAACCAAACGCUAUCUACCUGAAAUCACACCUUGGAAAGUACCUUGCCGUCGACACUUUUGGGAAUGUAACUUGUGAAAGUGAAGAAAAAGAACCAGGGUGCAAGUUCCUGAUCAAUGUUCCAGAGCCGGGAAGAUGGGCUUUGAAGAACUGUGUUAGGGGCUACUACCUCGGGGCGUCUAGUGAUAAGCUGAUCUGUACAGCAAAGGCCCCUGGGCAACCAGAACUGUGGCUGGUGCAUCUAGCUGCCAGACCUCAGGUCAAUCUCCGGUCUGUCGGCCGCAAGAGAUUCGCCCAUUUGUCCGAGAACUUGGACGAAAUCCACGUAGACGCUAACAUCCCAUGGGGUGAGGACACCCUGUUCACACUGGAGUUCAGGGUAGAUGAUGGAGGAAAAUAUGCACUGCACACCUGCAACAAUAAAUACCUAUCAAGAGAGGGAAAACUUGUUGACGAAUGCAACGCCAACUGUCUCUACUCCGCGGAGUACCACAGUGGUCAGUUGGCGCUCAGAGAUGUCGGUGCAGCGUAUUUGUCUCCGAUCGGAAGCAAAGCAGUGCUCAAGUCCCGCUCCAACUCCGUCACGAAAGACGAGCUGUUCACACUCGAAGACUCGCUCCCCCAGGCCAGCUUUGUGGCAGCUCUCAACUCCAGAUAUGUGUCUGUCAAACAAGGGCAACAAAAUAUGGGUCGAAAUUUCGGCCUUUAUGCCAAAACGCCAGAACAAGAAUCUGAAGACAGCCAAGGUGUGGAUGUGACGGCAAACCAAGACGAAAUCAGCGAUCACGAAACCUUCCAGCUGGAAUGGGACGCAGGAACUCAGCGAUGGUACGUGAGGACUAUGCAGGACCGCUACUGGACGCUGGAGACUGGUGGUGGCAUCCAGGCAGCUGGCGACAAGCGAUCUUCCAAUGCAUUGUUUGAUCUUGUAUGGAACGGAGAUGGUUCUGUCAGUUUCCGAGCCAACAAUGGAAAGUUGAUUGCGACAAAACGCUCCGGACAUCUCUAUGCUAACUCUGAUUCUGUGGAUGACACAAGCAAAUACUACUUCUACCUAGUCAACAGGCCUAUCUUGGUUCUGAAGUGCGAGCAAGGCUUUGUCGGGUACAAGGCUGGGUCAAAUAUCAGACUCGAGUGUAACCGAGCGACCUACGAGACCAUCCAAGUGGAGCGCGGGGAGAAGGGAGUCGUUUACUUCAAGGUCGGAUGCAAGAUUCCAAGAAUAAGAAGCAUCCAAGGUCGUAAGACCCUCGUCUGUCGCAACGGAAAGUACUGGCAUGUGGACAGUGAAGGCGUCCACGUUGACUCUGACACUCCAGAAGGCUUCUUCCUGGAGCUGCGUGAACCGACAAGGAUCUGCAUCAAGGCUGCAGGCCCGAGUGGAUGCUACCUCAGCGCUGGGAAGAACGGCGCGUUUAGACUCGCAGAUACCGAAUGUCAAACGGCGACCAAGUGGGAGUACUAAAAAACUCCUCGUCAACUCCAGCAAGCAGAGAUUCAGUUGAUGCAAUCUAGGAUGAAAUGGAAAAAGAUUAGAUAACAGUGGUACACAACACUAUUAAUUUUUUUGAAAAGAAUAACGUGAGUUCCAAACAUGCAUUUUACAAAAUAUACACAAUAAUUAGUGCUGCCCACCUUUUUUGAGGUUUUACUGGUAUAAACAAUUCAUAAAUACAAAUUAUCACAAAUUAUCAUAACAGUAAACAAACAGCUUAAUAUGUUUCUGCCACACCAUUAACAUUCUUAGUAAUCACAAUUAAUUAGAAACAUAUUUUCUGGGACAACUGAAUCUUUGCUUGCAGGAAUAGGUUAAGAACCCAAUUUCAUAUUUAAGCUGCUGACUAUUCCUUUUGUAACUGUUGAACUCGCUUCAUGUAACAGCACAUGGUUGUUUGUCAAAUAUAUUUUACUAGUUUUCCAUCCGUAGAGUAGAACAUUGUGAUAAUUUAGUUGUGACUUCAGUCUGUUGGGCUUUGUUAUAUUAGCUUAUCAAUUUGUAUACUAACAACAGUCCUUAACUGCCCUAUACAGACUUUGUAUUUUAUAAACUGAUGGAUUCAAAUGUUAAUUUCAACAUUGAUGAUUCACUGUCAAAUAAUUAACCACUUUUUUCUUGCGAUUUUUUUAAAGAAUAAACUAGCUUGAACUAUUACAGCUAUUGAGUUCGGUAAACAAAUAAUCACAAAAUGGAAGGAGUAAAUUUAUACAUAUUUAUAUAACCCAGUUAAUUUGAAAAUAAAUGUUUGCCUGAACCACAACUGCCAGUAACCACACAAUCUAUAAUUAUUUUUGAGAAAUCAAAACUUUUUUAACAAAGAGACAUGGGAGUUUUGUAAGAGUUUUUAUAUAAGCAAUAUGUAGGAGAAUUUUGUCUAUCUUAUUUAUACGGUUUUGUAAAUAAUUAGAUUUAGGUAUUUUCCAUGUGUAAAUGUGUCGUAAAAAGAUUAAUAAGUAGAAUUUGUAAAACACAAAUCAUUUUUGAGUGAAAUUUAAAAGACUGUCUACUCUGGUAUCCCAAAUUCAGUAUUAACAAAUCAUUUUUGUAUACAUUUAACAGUUGUGUAUCACAAAUAUGUAGCGCAAGUCUUUUUACCUACGUUUUUUAAAUUUUUGAUCAAUUUAAUAUAAAGUUUUAUUUUAUAAAAUAUUAGCUGCAUCGUUUGAAACCCUGUUGUGUCAUAUGCUCAAAUCAUUACUAACCCAAGAUGAUAUUUGCUCUGUGAAAAACUAAUGCGUUUUGUGUAUUUUGUAAAACUAACAAAUAGAUAUGCGCGAGAAUGUUGUAUGAAAGGAGUCCCCAUUUGGAGUUUAUUUCCAAGUUCUUUUAAAGGUAUGAGUUGUAAGUUGUACUUACCUUUUGGUUUAGGUUAUUUUAAGCUAUUUAUAUAUAUUUAUAUAUUACUAUACCAAAAAUAAUUAUAUUGAGUUCUUAUAUCGUUUAUUUGUGUUUCCUAUACGAGAGGUUUAGUUUAUUGUUGAGUGGAUGACUGAGUCCUUGUAUAGAUGAAUAUUUGUUCCUGUAAGUUUUUAUGGAUGUUAAGCUCCCCUCUCCCCUUUCCCUAGGCUAUUCAUAAACUUAUUUGUAAUUUAUAUUCAAUAAAUAUUUAAGAUGAA